CCUUCUUUCUUCUCUUUAUCCCAAACCUUUCAUAUCAAAGAGAAAAGAUUCACUAAAGAGUUCUUAGAGAAGGUCAAAGAUGGUGAAUUCAGCUGAUAAUUCUUUUGGUGGAACCAAAGAUCAAGUCAGUUUCUGGGUUCUGGUUUAGGGAUGUGGUGUGCCUGCUAGUUCAUUAAACAAGUUAAAAGAAACAAGCCAGAAAGCAAGGAAAAGAAAGAGUGUUGUUAUUCUAUUUUUAUGGCCUCUUUUUUCGCAUCCACUAUCCUCCUUUAAAUUCUUUUCGAAGCAGUACAAGCUUUACUCCUUUGUGUUUAUAUCACUGCCUGGGGGUUCCUGUUCGUAUAUGUGAGGAAGUGAGAGCUUCGAGACUGUAAACAAAGCAAGAAAAAAAUAUAUAUAAAGGAAAAAAGCAUGGAUCCAGUUACAUCACAUGGUCUUUCUCUUCCUCCUCCAUUUAAUAUAAGAGAUUUCAAUCUUCACCAUCAGCAGCAGCAACAGCAAGAACAUCAAUUCCAUCACCAAAAUUCAGAAGAUGAACAAAGUGGCAGCAGCAGUGGCCUAAGGAAACGGGAUCGCGACGACAGCAACAACAUCAACAACAGCAGCAGCGCCAACAAUAAUGAAGGCAACGAGCUCAGUUUUCCAGGCUCCGGUGAAGGAGAGAUCACUAGAAGACCACGAGGCAGGCCAGCUGGAUCCAAGAACAAGCCUAAGCCACCAAUCAUCAUCACCCGGGACAGUGCCAACGCUUUACGCACUCAUGUUAUGGAAAUAGGAGAUGGAUGUGACAUUGUUGAAAGCGUCGCAACGUUUGCUAGAAGACGCCAGAGAGGCGUUUGCAUAAUGAGUGGAACUGGGACCGUCACAAACGUAACCCUUAGGCAACCAGCCUCGGCUGGUGCAAUUGUGACCUUACACGGCCGAUUUGAGAUAUUAUCCUUGGCAGGAUCAUUCUUGCCUCCACCAGCACCUCCUGCAGCUACGGGGUUAACAAUAUAUUUGGCUGGUGGACAAGGCCAGGUGGUAGGUGGCAGUGUUGUCGGGACACUUAUCUGUUCAGGCCCGGUUGUGAUUAUGGCAGCUUCUUUUAGUAACGCCGCAUAUGAGCGGCUUCCGUUGGAAGAAGAAGAGCAGCUACCAAUGCAAGGGGGUGCAAUUGGGUCACCGGGUGCAAUUGGAGGGCAACAGCAGCAGCAGCAGCAACAACAAGUAUUGGCUGAGUCAAACGCGCCUCUUUUUCAUGGACUACCACCUAAUCUUCUCAAUUCUAUUCAAUUACCAACUGAGGCUUUUUGGGCUACUGGUCGCCCUCCAUUCUAGCUAACAGUUUCCAGUACUGAAUGAUACUAUUGUUUGGUUAAUUCAGUUUUCAGCUUCAACUUCAGCUAUAGCAAGAGGAUCACAAAAAACUUUGUAGCUUAGGGAAUUUGGGUUUGUUGAGCAGCAUUUCAGGUUUUGUUUCUUUUACUGUUAGUUUUUUUCCUUCUUUUUUCCCCUUCUUUUGAAUUUGAUGAGUAGAUCGUAUGCAAGCAUGUUGAUUGAAUGACUGUAAAUUCAUGGAUUCUUGGUGCAUUUGAUUUUAUGAGAAUAAGCGUCUCCAGUAUGUUUCAA